AUGUUCGUGAAUGCAGAGUGUCUGUCCUUGAGAGUAGCUCCACUAAAUCCCAUAAAUCUUCCAGUUUCAUGCCUCAAAGAGCUUUGGAUGUGGAAUAGCAGAUUGUAUAACAGAAAUGAGAAGAAUGCUGGUGGUAAUGGCGAAUCAAGUGAAAAUUUCGUUUCUUCCUCAAAUUCUGGGAAUUUUCUACCAUCACCUGAGAGAAAUUUGAGAUUUUUCUACGAAUCCUGCGGACAAAAUUCGGAAAAAUUAAAUCUCCUCAACUACUACAGUGUGUUCAAUAGUUUCAACUACAAUUGGGGCUCAUUAACUGAUCGCAAUUAUUUGCUAUCAGCCUUCAAUGGGACUCCGUAUUAUGAGAAAAAUUCAGCAGAUACAGAACGUUGUGCCAUCCCAAGUGAAAGUGUUGCAAAUAGUGAGGAUAUCUUGAAAUUCAUCCCAAAUUCUGAGCCAAUGUUCAAUUAUGAAUUUGAUGUGCCUGAAAAUAAUUGCCAAAGAUCAUCAACUAAUCAAUUCUACGACGAUCCUACCAAAUCCAUUGAUUCUGUGGCAAAUGAAAGAGAAGCAACGCCUGAAUUUUGGACCACAGAAGAUAAAUCUGCGAUUGAGGAGAAUCAAUCAAAUGACGAAGAAAUCCUCCAGGAUACUUCAUCAAAUCACGCAACAGAGGACAAAGGAAGGAAGAUUGCAAUUAAUCGAAAGGCCAAAGAUAUGAGUAAAAUGUCGGCAAAUCGGAAGGAGAGGACGGCAUUUACAAAGUCUCAGGUCCGAGAAUUGGAGGCGGAGUUCAAUUAUUCCAACUACUUGACCAGAUUAAGGCGAUAUGAGAUUGCUGUGGCGCUUGACCUCACCGAAAGGCAGGUAAAAGUGUGGUUCCAGAAUCGUCGGAUGAAAUGGAAGAGGGUGAAAAAUGCAAGCAAAGAUGGAGCAGCCUCAACCAAAUCCACGGAAAAGGAAGAAAGUUUAACACCAGAAUCAAAUUAUAUUGAUUGA